GAAAUAAAAUGACCAGCCAAGUGGAGAAGACUAAAGCUAUAGUUGUUGGGGCUGGCCAAAGAGGGUUUGGUUAUGCUCACUUCCAACAAUGCAAACCAGAGGAGUUUCAGAUAAAACAAUGGAUCCGAGGCAUCAGGGGAUAAUUCGUAUGAUCAGCGAAGCAGUUAAUUUGCAAGUACCAUAUGUUUGAACAUUCAUGAAAUUCAUAAAAUAUUGAAAUAGGGCAAAAUUUGAGUUUGAACAGUUAUCCAAUAUUGCAUAAUUUUUAUCAUAUCAAUUUUGUCUUGUUUAUGAAACAAGGUAAAGAUAUAGUGAACAGUCAUGUAUCAAUUUCAUAAUUUCUAUAAAGAAUACAGAAUUGAGGGCAGGGCAUCAUGGUCCUCUGGACACACCGGGGGUGGGAUCAGGUGCCUGGGACGUGUAAGCAUCCCCUGUGUUCAGGUCAUACUUGCACUCUCUAUCUUGAUCGGGUAGAAAUGGAUCCACCAAAAGAAGUAUUUAAAAGACUAACAAGUGGUGUGAAAAAUGUCAGAGAUCAUUCAACAUAAUGCCAGGUUGUAUUUGCAAAUAAGAUUAUAGUAAGGGGGGGGGUUGACCUUAUUUAGAAAAACUUCAACCUUGGUGUAAGUUUUGAACAGUUAUUGCUAGGGCAUUCAUUUUUUACAUGUGUAUCCCUUGAAGACCUUUCUUUUGUUACCAAAAUGUUUUACCUUAUGACCUUGACCUUUGAAUUUGGCCGUACAGGGCAUCAGUGUUUUACAAACACAUCUUGUUUUGAAAUUUCAGUGUAUUUAACUCCUGCUAAAAGGUUUAUCAUUCAACCUUAAGGAAAAUUGGAUUUUGAAAUCAGAGCUGGAUAUUUGUUUUCUGAAGGUAAUUGCAGUGGCAGAUCCCAAAGAGUACCAAAGGAGACAACUGCAGAGACUCUGUGAUAUUCCUGAUGACAUGGCGUUUGAAGAUUGGCGGGAAAUUGCAGAGAGGGGGAAGUUUGCAGACUGUGUGGUGAUUUGUACCCUGGAUCAGCAUCACAAGGAUCCAGCAAUUGCAUUUGCCAGAAGAGGAUACCAUAUUUUAUUAGAGAAACCAAUGGCAACUAAUGAAGAAGACUGUAGGGAAAUUGUGCGUGUGUGCAAAGAGAACAACGUCUUCUUGACUGUGUGUCAUGUCCUUAGAUACACACCCUGGGUUAAAAAAAUCACGGAAAUUAUUGACAGUGGAGCCAUUGGGAAAGUGGUCAAUAUUCAACACCUGGAGCCUGUUGGUUAUUGGCAUUUUGCCCAUUCUUUUGUUAGAGGCAACUGGCACAAAGAGUCAGAGAGCUCUUUUUCUCUACUGGCAAAGUGUUGUCAUGACCUUGACCUUAUAUGUCAUUGGAUGGGGCCCAGGAAAUGCCAUUCUGUUGCCUCAUUUGGACAUUUAAGUCACUUCUCUCAGAAAAAUAAACCAAAGAAUGCAGCCAGUCGCUGCCUAGACUGUCCACGGGAAGUGGAGUCCCAGUGUCCUUAUUCAGCUGUAAAAAUUUACAUAGAAAAUGGUGUUAAAUCGUUUAACAAAGGCUGGCCUGUCUCUGUGUUGACUUCAGGGCCGCCUGAUAUAGAAAAUGUCACGGAAGCAUUGAGGACAGGGCCAUAUGGACGCUGUGUCUACGACUUGGACAAUGAUGUUAUGUCACAACAGGUGGUUAACAUGCAGUUUUCUGAUGGAGCUACCGCAUCGCUGUCAAUGAUUGCAUUUACAGGGUCAGUUUGUACAAGGGAGGUUAAUGUGUUUGGAACAAAGGGGGAGAUAAGAUAUAAAGAUGGACAACCAUGUGUUUUACAAGUUGAUUUUGUGACUGGACAGAGAUACCACCAUAAAUUAGAGUCUGAACAUAAAGGACCCCUCAGCGGACACGGCGGUGCAGAUUAUUGCUUAAUGGAACACUUCCAGCAAGCUCUUUAUGAAAAAGACUUUUCUAAAAUCCAAACUGGUGCGGAAGAGACCCUGGCCAGUCAUCUAGUCACAUUUGCCGCAGAGAAAGCACGCAAAGAAAAUCGAGUGGUCACCAUCAAUGAAGACAUGUCUUUUUCAUAAAUAUUUGAUCAACAGCCUCACUGUGAUAUAAACAGAAAUACAUGGCGCAUAUAUAUCCUGUGCUGCCCUAGUGUGUAUAUAGAAAAUACUGCUGAAGAUUUCAGCAGGUACACUGUAGAUAUUCCUGGGUUCCUUGGGUUUAUUAGUUGGACAUUCCUUUGAAAAUAUUUCAUUCAUAUUGAGACAUUCCCAACUGUAGGUGAAGUACCACAAAAUUUAGACUUGGGCUUAGCUUCUCAUGGCUGCAGCUGUGAGGGUUCUUUUAUGUGCCAAUGGUUCUCUUGGGGGUGAGAUUGUUGGAGAACAUGAAUGUCUGAUGGAGGGUCAACUAGUCAUUCAUUUACUGACUUCUAUUAUAGGAUACUAUAAAUCUUUAUUUUCUUAUAUUCUGUAAUAUUAAAAUAUGAAACAUGUUUUGGUCUUUAAUUUACAGAAUGUUUUUAGAGAGAGAGAGAGUAAAUAAAUCCAGUGGCUGUUUCAAUUGAAUAAAAGGUUCCUUACAUUCCA